GCCAACCUCUUUCAUCAUCUUCUUCAGCCGCACACACUGUUGAACCCAGUUUCCCUCCUUCCUUCUUCAGUUCGCCGGCCGCCGCCGUCACGCCGCCACCCGCCACCCGCCACCCGCCCCUGGGCCCUGGUUCGAUCUCAAGUCUCAUUCUCAGACUCUCAGUCUCUCACCAUUAAGAACUCAGCCCCCGGCGCGGCGACUCAGCCCACACGCACCACCCCUGACCUGACCAGUCUCUGUUUCGUGCACCCACUGCACAGCUCUGCCUUGAUUUUGCAGCAAUUGAUGCGAUUCUGCAGCUGAUACGAAGUCAAUAUGAAAGAAAUAGUAACUCUACAAAUUGGUGAUUUUGCCAACUUCAUUGGCUCUCACUUCUGGAACUUUCAGGAUGAGUUGCUUGGAUUAGCUGGGGACACUCAUGGUGAUUCAGUUUUCAACAGUCAGGAUCUUAACAUGGACGUGCUUUAUCGUACUGGUGAGACACAGGGCAUCCAUACUUAUACUCCUCGCCUAGUUUCCAUAAACUUGAGAGGAUCCCUUGGAUCUAUGAGUUCAUGUGGUACAUUGUAUAAGGAGGUUGCUCCCACAACAUCAGAUGUUGUGACCUGGACAGGUAGAGUUUCCACCCAAGCCUCUCAGUCUCACCAAAGAAAUUUAUUUCUACAAAGACUUAAUGAAGAAGAGGAAAAUAUGAAUUUGGCAAAUGAGACUAGCAGCACAAACAAUGGUUCUCAGAGUGAGUAUCAGGAUAAGGAUAUAAUUCAAUGUCUAGAAAAUGGCGUUAAGUUUUGGACUGACUACUCAAAAGUACAUUAUCACCCCCAAAGUUUACAUGAAUUAAAUGGAAUUUGGACGGAUGCUGAGGAAUUUGACAAUUAUGGAAUCAGAAGGGAUUCCUUUGCUUGGGCUUCACAAGGGGAAGAAAUUAGUGGCAGGCUUCGUUUUUUUGUUGAAGAGUGUGACAAUAUACAGGGAUUUCAAUUUGUUGUUGAUGACUCUGGUGGUUUCUCUGCUGUGGCUGCUGAAUUUUUAGAGAAUAUUGCAGAUGAAUACCCAAAUACUCCUGUCUUGCUGUAUGCAGUCCAAGGCUCUAGUUCACAUAAAAUUUUGAGCAGGAAGCGUACAAUCUCAGCGGAGCUUCAUGAUGCUGUAUCGUUUUCAAGACUAUCAUCCUUCUGUAAACUUAUUGUACCUGUUGGUCUGCCCACCUUAAGCAAAAGUAAAGCUUCUAAGUUCCUCCACAUUGAUGAUGAGCAGCAUUUCCAUUCAAGUGCAGUUUAUGCUGCAGCCCUACACUCCAUUAGUCUUCCUUUCCGAAUGGUACCAGUAGGGCCUGCUACAGAUGCAUAUUCGGUUUCUGGAGCUGUGGAUUUUCAUGAAGUCAUACAAAUGUUAUCAGGGCACGGAAGGCAGAAUAUGGUGUCAGUUCUUGAUGUUGCUAUGCCCCUACCUGCUUUAACGGGGGAACAGAAUGAAUCGUCUUUGAUAGGGAAUUUGCAUCCAUUGACCCCACAGACAGCAGAGGAUGUUGAGGACAUGCAGGCAAUUGAGCACAUAGCAGUCCAUGGAGCUUUUGCAUCAGAAGGUCGCCGUGCUUCAGUCUGUGAGGUAAAGGAUACAGUAGAUGCUGCUUAUCAACGUGCCAAUACAAGACCAAUGUUCUGCCAUCUAUCAGUUGCUCCUUGUCCCCUGCCAAUUCCCCUGCCUUUUCCAUCAAUCUUCCGGAACCAAGUUGGCCAGCAUGGCGAAUUCAUGGCUGGUCAAAUGUCUAGUACUUCAUCAAAAGGAUCCCUUGACGUCCAUUCCAUUCCCAUGGCUGCCAGAUUACGUUCAACCAGUGCUGUCUUACCACUUCUUGAGAGCAAAUUGCGAAACCUGAAUCGAUUUGGUAUUGCACGAGGAGCAGCUGGGGCAGAGUUGCUUAGAAGUUGGGGUUUUGGAAAGGAAGAAGCGGAGGAAAUGGGAGAGAUAUUAUCUAAAAUGGUUGCGGCUUUGAGUCCUCCUCAGUUCUCUUCCGAUUCAGAUUAGACUGAUAGAAAUCUGAAUGAAGAGGUGGGCUUAGUGGUAAAUGCUUCAGUGGGCCAAGAAGAGAACAGGCCCAAGGUUUGGCAAGUCUAUAGGAGGAAACGGGGCAAGGCUGCUGAGGUGGCAUUGGCUCAACAGAAUUAGGUGUUAGUAUAAAGUAACCAAGGAAAAGGGAAUAAGAUUAUUCUGGAUUGAUAAUUCUGUUAUAGAGAGAGAGUAGCAUCUCCCUCGGAGAGAACGCUCUAGAGCUUCUCUGGGUUGUUAGAGUUUUUCUAACAGCACACCUUAUCACAAUAUCUUCUGUAAUUGUCCACUUCAAUCAAUACAAUUGCAUUUCUAUUCCUUCAUUUCA